ACCAGCCACAACCCAUACCAAAAAGGGCCAGGAGAGCUGCAGUCAGGCAGUUCUGGGUGCGACCAUGGCUCACGGAGGAAAGGAGACAACACCUUGGCCAGUUCUCCAGCCUCCUAGACACCCAAUUGAGGCUGGAGGAUCCAGUAACAUUCCAAAACUACACACGGUUAACACCACAGCUCUUCGAUGAAGUCUUGCAGAAGGUGGCCCCAGCAAUUGAGAGGGAAGUCACCAGUUUCAGGCAACCCCUCUCACCUGCACUGAAACUGGCAGUGACACUGAGGCACCUUGCCACUGGAGACAACUAUCGGUCCCUUGCGUAUGCCUUCAGGUGUGGAGUGUCCAGCAUCUCAGAGAUGGUUCCGGAAGUGUGCCAGGCAAUUGUGCAAGCGUACACAGAUGAGGUGUUCAGCGUACCUGUGACUCCUGAAGCCUGGACAGCCUUAGCUAGCCAGUUUGAGCAGAGAUGGAACAUCCCCCACGCCAUUGGGGCCUUAGAUGAUUACAAUUUUGUGUGGAUCGAGCUUGGUGGAAAAGGACACAUGUCAGAUGCUCAGAUAUUUGGCGAUUCUGAGCUCUUCAACGGCCUGGAAAAGGAAGCCCUAGGACUCCCCCCACCCUGCCCUCUGACUGCAAGCCCUGAAGAUCACCAAUACAUGCCCUUCUUCAUCCUGGGGGAUGACGCUUUCGCACUCAGGAACUACCUCAUGAAGCCCUACAGCAGAAGAGGGAUGUCCAGGGAGGAGAGGAUCUUCAACUACAGACUGUCAAGGGGGAGGAGAGUGGUUGAAAACGCCUUUGGGAUCCUAGCCAACAGAUGGAGGUGUCUCCUCAGGACUCUAGAGCAGAAGCCCAACACUGUGAAGGAUAUGGUGGAGGCGGCAGUGGUUCUGCACAACCUACUGAGGCAGAGGCAUCCAGGCAUUGCAGCACAAGAGGCGGACCAUGAGAUCACAAGCACAAUGUUAUCCCAGGGGCAUGGAGGGACCAAGUGGACUGGCCAGAUGUGGAUCAACCUGCUGCAGCUCGCAACUCAGCUUCAGCUGAUGCAAAGCAUCAGAGGGAACUCCUGA